AUGCGUAAGGCGCUCGAAGUAUCAUAUGAGACCCCAUUACAUACUCCCGCCAGAAUUGUAUGGGCCCUCUGUACCUUUGGAUAUUCUUAUCCUCGGAGGCGAGUUGGUGAGAACGUUACGGUGUGCAUCUUCAGGACGAUUAUCAUCUUGAUCACAAGAUGCAUUCUGGGAACGAUCUGGUACCUCCAUAACUUGGUAGAGUACCUGGGACUCGGCGACGCUCGACCCUACAACGUCCUUUCCAUCGAGAACGAAUCCAACAACGGCACCAUCGGCCCAUUGUUGAAUAUUUACAGCGCCUACAAGAAUGCGGUUAACUUGACAUCAAUGUCGUACUACGACGACUUAAGUGGCGAAUUUCCCUUGGAUCCGCAGUUGGACGAUAGUAACCCUCACAUCCUUGUUCUUGGAUCGGGCGUCGAUAAUUUGGAUGCCGGUGAAGGCAAUGACGAGUAUAUGCAAUAUAUUCUUAGGCAUAACCCUCUCUAUGCCUCUAAAUGGACUCGUGUCGGGCUGAUCCAUCCCAACUCGACGACGAAUGUAACCGAUUCUCGUGAUUUCGCGAACCAGUACUACGUUUACCCAGGCCACAUUGUUGAGAUCCGGUACGAGCCUCUGGAGUUCCACACCGUCAUCCGCCAAUCCGAUAACACCAGUUCCCUUGAGCGGUUCAAGUACUUUUUGGGAUUCGGAGGCGAAACCGUCGGAUAUUCUUACAUGAGUUCAGUCACCCAUAUGCCCUUCCCGGCCACCCGCCCCGCGACCUGGGAUAAUCUGACGACUGUUAUUAUUAUUCGACCGGCGUCUAUCAUUGCAAGCGUGUCGUAUAACGAGGAGAAGACGAGUAUCAGGGCGACGUUGUCGGGUAUUGGAGGUCUCCUUGGGAUUGUGAGCACGAUUAUUGUCUUCUUGUUUGGUGUCGAGGUCAUGUCGCCUUGGGGUUUCAUCGCAGGCAUUCCGUAUUUCCGCCGUAGGAUUACAGGGUCGUUGGCGGAGGCGUACACAUCACAGGGUGGGUUGUCCAAGGGGCCAUUUACGACAGAUAAAUCCAACAUCGGCAAAUUUGAUCCGGGCAUGUCGACAGAGAUGCGGGUUGCGAUGGUCAAGGAGCAGUUGGAUGAGCUCGAGUUGGUCCUCAUGGAGUAUUAUAUCGAUGGAGCGGUCUUCCAGGGAUAUGACCAAGAGCGAAAAAAGGUCAAGGUUCAGCGGGCUGCCUCGAUGAGGUCUCGUAUGAACGGUGUUGAUGGUCAGGUUGGAAGCGGCGAUAAGGGGAGGAUUAUGAUGAUGAUGGAGCCGCUGACUUUGCCAAGUCGGACACUGUUCGAAAGCCAGCACCAGCACAAGGGACAACUCCCCUCGCCCGAGCACCCACCAGUCGUCAACAACUCUUCGUCUCGCCAUGCCGGUCUUGACGGACACCACCGUCGGACAUCCUCUUCCACCGAAGGCGGUGGUGUGUUUGAGUACUACCAACAACAAAAACUCCAACAGCAUCAACAAGAGCAACAGUCCCUGCGCCACCAAAAUAACGGAAAUAACCAAUUCCGAAACAGCACACUCUCAGAACAAGGACUCCACCACAGCCUAACCGAAGAUCCUCUCUCACCCUCCAGCAGGAAUAAUGUCGGCCGAGGAAGAUGGAGUAGCCAACUGAAUGAUAGGACCCACUUUGCGAUGGAUAUGUACGAUCAGCAGGAUGAUCAGCAGGGUCUGUUACAGCAGGACCACCACUCCAUGCACCAGACCUACCUCCAGAACACUGCCGGCGAUAACUGCCCACCUUACCCACCUCGCCCGCCCAAGGACGAGGUCAUCUCGAUGCAUCUCCAGAACGAUAACAGCCUCGCCAUGUCUGAUUUUAACCGUAACAGCGCUUAUUACAACAACAGCUCGGCACCUGCAUAUUCGAUCGCCACAGCCGCAGCUACGACAACAGCGGUGCUUAGUUCAACAUCUUCGCCACCUCAAGGCCACCUCCAGGAUCCCGUGCCGUCAUCUUUGUGGUGGAAGGAGGGUACAACACUGACUGAGACCAUCAUCGCUCCACGUUCCGCCACCACCACCACCACGAAUGGCACGACCGCGGGGUCAAGACCAGUCUCAGUCCAGCCUUUGAAUCCUACCUCGACUUCCUCCUCCUCCCCUCCUCCUUCUUCUUCACAACAGCAGCAACAGGAGCAGAAUCGUGGGCUGGACCUUUCCAACUUGCCUAGAGAGUUCUAA